AUGACCCAACAACUUCAGAUGAACAGCGACUCUUCAACUACAUACAACCAGCAACCACAAGCUUUAAGUGGCCUUGCACUUCCAACAACAAAGGCAUUUCAACAAGAAAUUAAAAGGUGUGACAAG